AUGACACGAGAACAAUACAUACUAGCGACACAACAGAAUAACCUGCCAAGGGCUGAGAAUGCACAGCUUUACCCAGUGGGAAUUUAUGGAUGGCGAAAGAGGUGCUUAUACUUCUUUGUCCUUCUGCUGUUGGUUACCAUGAUAGUUAACUUAGCCAUGACAAUUUGGAUUUUGAAAGUGAUGAACUUCACUGUGGAUGGUAUGGGAAAUCUGAGAGUCACCAAGAAGGGAAUCCGACUUGAAGGUAUAUCUGAGUUUCUACUUCCAUUGUAUGUGAAAGAAAUUCAUUCCCGAAAGGAUAGUCCACUGGUCUUACAGUCUGACAGGAAUGUAACAGUGAAUGCAAGAAAUCACAUGGGGCAGUUAACUGGACAGCUGACAGUAGGAGCUGAUGCUGUGGAAGCUCAGUGUAAAAGAUUUGAAGUGAGAGCGAGUGAAGAUGGCAGGGUGCUGUUUUCUGCAGAUGAAGAUGAGAUUACCAUUGGGGCUGAAAAGCUGAAAGUUACAGGCACUGAAGGAGCAGUGUUCGGGCACUCUGUUGAGACACCUCACAUCCGAGCAGAACCUUCCCAAGACCUCAGGCUUGAAUCACCAACCAGGUCCUUGAUAAUGGAAGCUCCUCGGGGGGUCCAGGUGAGUGCUGCAGCUGGAGACUUCAAGGCCACCUGUAGGAAGGAGCUGCAUUUGCAGUCCACAGAGGGGGAGAUAUUUUUGAACGCGGAUACAAUCCGGCUGGGAAACCUACCGACGGGCUCCUUUUCCCCUUCUUCACCCAGCUCCUCCCAUUCUCGGCAGACAGUGUAUGAACUGUGUGUCUGCCCCAACGGCAAACUGUACCUGUCUCCAGCCGGGGUCGGGUCCACGUGUCAGUCCAGUAGCAACAUCUGCUUGUGGAGCUGA